UGAGCGCAAAACUUGCAUCCUGUCCGCGUGAAGUUGUCGCUCCACCAGAGAGGGGGACUGAGCAGCCGGGACCUGCGGAGGGGCGCAGCGGCAGGGCACGCGCUGGCUCCUUUCUUUUGCCUUCUCAGACACUCGGCGGCUCCGAGUUUUGGCUCCGGUCCUUUCCUCCUCCCCCUCGGAGCCGGCUCCCCCACCCCGCCCUGUUUCUCCCCCACUUGUGUAAGCUAUUUGUUGGGGGUGGCCGAAAGGGAUGUCCUGUUUUCACCAGAGACACAGCGCGAAGGGAAAACUUAGACACUGGAAGGAGCGAGAGUAAAUAUCCAAAUCAGAGCUCAGAUCCCGGGCUGGGACAGACAAUUGAACUUCAGGAUCCCGAGGUGGCUCUGGCGACGGAAGACAGUCCAUUUUUAGUUGAAGGGAGCUGCUUCUACGAGGGAGUAGCAAGAAGAGUGAGAGAAACACAUGGAAGACACCCAGGACCUAAAUGAGCAAUCAGUAAAAAAAACGUGCCCAGAAUCCGAUGUUUCAGAACCUCAGAAUUCCAGGUCUAUGGAAAUGCAGGACCUUGCAAGUCCCCAUGCGCUGGUUGGAGGUGGUGAUACACCUGGUAGCUCCAAACUGGACAAAUCCAAUCUCAGCAGCACUUCAGUCACGACAAAUGGGACAGGAGGGGACAACAUGACUGUUUUAAAUACAGCAGACUGGCUGCUGAGUUGCAACACACCCUCUUCCGCAACAAUGUCUCUUCUUGCAGUCAAAACAGAGCCCUUGAACAGCAGUGAACCCACAGCCACGACUGGAGAUGGAGCGCUUGACACUUUUACUGGGUCAGUAAUAACAAGUAGUGGUUACAGCCCACGCUCAGCGCACCAGUAUUCCCCACAGCUGUAUCCUUCCAAGCCCUAUCCACACAUUCUUUCUACACCAGCAGCUCAAACAAUGUCUGCCUAUGCAGGCCAGACUCAGUAUUCGGGGAUGCAGCAGCCAGCCGUUUACACAGCCUACUCACAGACAGGACAGCCCUACAGCCUGCCUACUUAUGAUCUGGGUGUGAUGUUACCAGCCAUCAAGACAGAGAGUGGGCUUUCCCAAACUCAGUCCCCAUUACAGAGUGGCUGCCUCAGUUACAGCCCUGGGUUUUCUACCCCACAACCAGGCCAGACACCUUAUUCUUACCAAAUGCCAGGUUCCAGUUUUGCACCAUCAUCUACUAUUUAUGCAAAUAAUUCAGUUUCCAAUUCAACAAAUUUUAGUGGCUCACAACAGGAUUACCCAUCCUACACAGCCUUUGGCCAAAACCAAUAUGCACAGUAUUACUCAGCAUCAACCUAUGGGGCAUAUAUGACAUCAAACAACACAGCUGACAGCACUUCAUCAUCAGCAUCAACUUACCAGCUGCAAGACUCUCUCCCAGGACUGACUAGCCAACCAGGAGAGUUUGAUGCUGUACAGAGUCCCUCCACACCAAUUAAAGAUCUUGAUGACAGAACAUGUAGGAGUUCUGGGUCAAAGUCUCGAGGAAGAGGCCGGAAAAAUAAUCCUUCCCCACCUCCUGACAGUGACCUGGAGCGUGUGUUUGUCUGGGACUUGGAUGAAACCAUCAUUGUUUUCCACUCACUGCUCACGGGGUCUUAUGCACAAAAGUAUGGCAAGGAUCCCCCAAUGGCUGUGACCCUGGGACUCCGAAUGGAGGAAAUGAUCUUCAAUCUUGCUGAUACACAUUUGUUUUUUAAUGACUUAGAGGAGUGCGAUCAAGUGCAUAUAGAUGAUGUUUCCUCAGACGACAAUGGUCAGGACUUAAGUACCUACAGUUUUGCAACUGAUGGCUUCCAUGCAGCUGCAAGUAGUGCGAACCUUUGUUUGCCAACAGGUGUGAGAGGAGGAGUGGACUGGAUGAGGAAGUUGGCUUUUCGGUACAGAAGAGUAAAGGAAUUAUAUAACACCUACAAGAACAAUGUUGGAGGACUCCUUGGCCCUGCCAAGAGGGAUGCAUGGCUGCAGUUAAGGGCAGAAAUUGAAGGCCUGACAGAUUCCUGGCUAACCAAUGCACUUAAGUCUUUAUCAAUUAUUAGUACUAGGAGUAACUGUGUAAAUGUCUUGGUAACGACAACCCAACUGAUUCCUGCACUUGCGAAGGUUCUACUUUACAGCUUAGGAGGAGCUUUCCCCAUUGAGAAUAUUUACAGUGCAACUAAAAUAGGAAAAGAAAGUUGCUUUGAACGAAUAAUGCAAAGGUUUGGCAGAAAAGUAGUAUAUGUUGUAAUUGGGGAUGGUGUAGAAGAAGAACAGGCAGCAAAAAAGCACAACAUGCCCUUCUGGAGGAUAUCAAACCACUCGGACCUCUUGGCUCUACAUCAAGCACUGGAAUUAGAGUAUUUGUAACUGUUCUCUAGCUAAGGAUCCGUUUUGCAUAUUUCAAGUACACUGAAUUUUUACGUGUGAUUCAAUGCCGCUGGCUUCUUCUACAUAUAUAAAUUGUCUUAAAGGAUGAAAUCACAUUCAGAAUGAAAACUCCAGAAUGAAGAAUUCAGAUUGCUGAAUGGAAUUAAACUUUAGUGCUACAGAAAGGAAACUCUAUGGUCUUACUAUCUUUACACUUUCAUGCUUUAAAAAAAAAAUCUGUGGCAGUUGCUGAUGCACACCAAAUGAGUCCUUAACUGGAAUUAGCAGCUUUAGCAAAGAACUCUAACCUUCCCAAGCCACAGUACCUGUGCUGCCUCUGACAAGGUGGUGGACAACAUUCCUCAAAGUGGGAGCUCGUCUCAGCCCUGAGGUUUGAAUCCGACUUUUAGCCUACCUAGCCCAAAAAAUCUGAAUCAGAAUGCACUCAGACUGUACAAGGACAGUUCUAUCUAGACCUGUAAUUGGUGUAAAUUAUUGAUGGAAAUAAUUUACUGUGACUUUAUUAGCAGCUGACUCUGAAAGUGGAUGCAAUUUUUCUUUCAUUUGUUGGGGAGGGAAGAGGGGCAGGGAAACGGGAAUAUAAUAUUGUCUCUUUUUUAAGUUUGGGGAAGAGAAUGUUCAUACUGAUGUGUUGUGCCUUAAAGACAAGACAGCGUUUGUGUGUUACAAUGUAACUUUGGUUAAAAAUCUCUGUAGUCAGUGAAAGAAAAAAAACUUUUGUGACAGUUCUUAACAUGACCAAAUUUAAAAUUCAAGCUAUCAGAAUUUAUUGGAGUUUAAUACUGCAUCAUUAACAAAUUGAAUAUUUAUUGCAAUGAGAAACCAACAAUAAUAAUACACAAGAGCUUGUAUUCCAUUUGGGUUCUGAAUAAUUCCAAUAAUUGUAUGAGACAACUAUCUGUGCAUCUAACCAUAAGCAGAAGGUUUGGGGGGUUAUGGGAUCUUUUAAGAAAUGAAACAUAUGUUUAAGUCUCAAGUAUCCUCACUACCAUUUGCCAGAAGAAAACUAAGAGCCAUAUUCAUGACAACUUGCACAGCUUUGAGGUUAAGACCUUUUUACAUGUAUAAAUUUCUUGGAGGAAGAUAUUAUGGUGCAAAUCAUUAGCAAUUAUCACCCAAGUCAUUUUUAGACUAUGCUAUGGGCGUAGCUUAAAAUUCACACAGUGAAAUAUGGUUUUAGCCUUUAUGCCAUUGCAAAAUGAAAUGUGAUCAUUGUUGGAAGGCAGGUGUACUAAAUGGCUCCCAAGGAAAGAAGUGAGUCCAUGAAAAUUUUCCCCAGAAUAGUAUUAAAAGUUAACUAGCAAGCAAGCCAGAACUUGCCAGCAUUGCCAAGUCAUAACAGAAAGAUAAUUAGCUCUCCACCAUAACACAACAGUCUACUCCUCGUGCAGAGUAGAACACGUGGGCUUCUCCUGUACUGUUACUGGACAAUGCCUGUAUUCGUUUCGGGGACAGCCUGUCAUUGGUGUGUUUGCAUGUCUUUUUUUUUCCCUUGGUGUGUAACCCAUGUUGGGAAAGCUGUACAGGUUCUCCUGUCAUUUUUUUAUGGCGUGAUUCACCUUGUGGAUAUUUAAGACUUCAAGAUCUAAAGUGCUGUAAUGGAGGGAGCACCUGAAGCUCUCUGUUCUAAUGGCGUACUGUGGAGCCUAGAGUCCAGCUGUUGUUCUGGGCCACUCACUUGAGCCGGCCUCAUGAUACUGCACCACCUGUGACUUCUGCAACUUAAAUAAGAUCAAUGCUUUGCUCACAGAUCGAAACAAAUAUUCACCAUGGAAAUUCCGCAGGCUAGGCACCUGUAUUUCUUUGGAGAAUGACAAAGCUAUGUUUACAGUGGGCAGAAAGAUAAUGAGAUAAUUUUGUACAAGACAGGGCUUCCUAUGUGAACCUUACUUUUUAAGUGUGGCUUUGGCUACCUCUACCCCAAAUACUACAAUGGCAAAUUAUGGUUGGAAUACAUUUACUAUUAAUAACAAUAAUAAUAAAUUGUACACUUCUGUGGUCUUUAGCUUGAAAACUAGUCAAAAGAUUAGCAUUGUAUCAAUGAUCAAUACUCAUUUGUGCACUUAAACCUUAAAAUUUUACUAUCGUGACUGAAACAAUUAUUUUUGAUACACAGUAAGUUUCUUUAAUUGAUAGGCUUGGGGCAUUGAAUAAAAGUUGUAAUUCUUUUUGAAAUCAAACAAGCAAGGCUACUUAAUCUACUCCCCUAGAGGAUACAGAUAGACUCACAUUUUCCAAGAGCAAAGAGAAGCUGGCUGCUGGGCUCUUUUUCUGCUCCUUCUCACACAUCUUUUUUUCCUUAUCUGUCCAGAGGAGGCAGGCAGUCAAACACCUACAGGUAAAGUUGAUGCUAAAGUUUGUCCAGUACAGCAAUGGUACAGCCAGAAAGCCAUGUGCCCAGAUUAAUCAUGUGAUUUUAAACAGGCUCAAACUGCAACUCUUCCAUUUUCACCCUAAAAACAGAAACUCCUUUUCCUUUCUGAAACACAAAAUAAGCCAACCACCAAUCAAAAUUCCAGCCCCUUGGCAAUUCCCGCAUUCUAUGCUCAUGUGCCUUAUCGUAAACAAGUUUGAAAAUUGUUCUAUAACUAAAAUGGGUUUUGGAAUACUGCUUAUAUAAAGCUGGUAUGGUACUAGAAAAAAAGAAAGAAAUUACCUUAUAUUGCAACUUAAAAAUAUCAAAACAUGCAAUUUCAGUAACAAAAUAGGUGGCUUGGCUACAAUAUUAUAGCACACAGCUAAGACACUAUACCCUGAAAAAUAUAUAAACCCAACUCAGAAGUUAAAAUAGCGUUUUAGGAUUGUAUGUUCUGCGCUCAAAAAUUAAAUAGUAGCUCUCUCUGGUGAGCUAAGAUUCAAAAUAGUGUCCACAGCAUGCUCUACUGUGAAGUUUUUGUAAAGCCUACUUGUUUGUGACAAACCUACAUUUUCAGUGGAUAUGACAAUUAGCAUUUCUUUUAAACACAAACCUAAGCAUCAUGAGCCAAAGUUGCAUUUUGACUCCCAGCUCUGGUGGUGUUACAGAGAUCUCAUAAAGUCAAGGGUUUCUGUUAUGUAUUAGUAAAGUAUAGAUUAUUGGGCCCUACAUAAUUUAAAUAAAUGUAAAUUAAUAUUAAAAGCUUGUAAAAAUAUGUACAUCUUUACUAUUUCUCAAUAAAUACCUUUGCAAAUGUCUUCA